AUGAGAGAUAGAUUACAGGCUGGCAGAAACAGUCCAGUCGAGACUACCAGGACCACUGCAGCUGCUACAACCAUCUGGAUUGAGGAUGCCGGCCUGCGACCUGAAAGUGCCUUCAGAGUGGACAAGAAACCCGACAAGGAGAACCUGGUGUACGGUUCCCUGUACCGCCUGCAGCUGGCUAACUACAGACGGUUCGGACAGUCCUGUCUGGGCCUGGGCAAGAGAGAGGGGAUAAGAUGGAGUGAGAAGUCAGGCAAGAAGAGGAAGAUAAAGAGAGGACACGACUCACGAUACUGUAGUGAGAAGGAAGUGGCAAAAGUGCUGCACGACAAGGUAAUGAGGGUGGAAGUCGUAAGGACCAGUCAGGGUAAACCUCAGUCUGAGGUUCAGAGUUCACACUACAUCCCCCUGAACAGGUCAUCUGAAGGGGUCAAAGGUUCUUCAUCAGAAAACAAAGGUCAGCCUGUGUACACCACUCCCACACAGGUGCACAUCCAAGGGCAUGCCUGGGUGAAUGAAACUCAAGUAAAGCAACAGGAGCAAGGACAUGAGAAACAAGAACAGAUGGAGAAGGUGGGAGAGACCACAGAGGAGAAUAUUACCAGGCUCACCGCAGAGUAUAACAGAACGCUCAGGGAAAACCCACACGAUGUGCAGACAUGGUUGGAAUUUGUGACCUUCCAGGAUAGAGCAAUGCAGCACGGACCUGUCACUGUGUACUCUGACUCGGAGAGGGAGAAACGCAAGAAGACUUCAUUAGCAGUGAUGGAGAAGAAGGUUGCCAUCUUGGAGCGAGCUAUUGAGAUGAACCCUUCUCACCCAAAAUUGACACUUCAGCAUCUCAAGUUGUGCAGGGAAUUCUGGGACAAUAAGAAACUCACCAAUCAGUGGAAAGAAUUUGCAUUCAAAUACCCGAACGACCCAGCAGUGUUGAGGGAAUACUUGAUGUUUUCCCAGUCUCACUUUGGUACCUUUACAACAUCCAAAGUGCACACUCUAUAUGGGAAGUGUAUCAGCAAACUGAGAGCCAUUCUGGAUGGAACAUUCAAGUCCCACAAGCCUCUACCACAUACAGAGGGACAAUUGUUAGAGCUGUUUGUGCAGCAGUGCCAUUUCCUGAAGCAGGCUGGCCAUGUGGAGAAGGCUGUUUCCUCUUACCAGGCACUCGUCGAGUUCACUUGUUUCCGUCCCACCACUGUGGCAGAAAACACACCUGUGUCGGGACAGGUGGAGUUCUUCGAGCCGUUCUGGGACAGCAGUGCCCCCAGGGUGGGGGAGGACGGAGCUCGGGGCUGGAGGGCGUGGCAGGAGAAAAAGGAGAAGGGAGGAUGGGAGAUGGAUGUGACAGCAGAUGAUGAAGCGGAUGAAGCAGAUGAGGAAGAGGAGGUUCUGAGCCAGUCAGCAUCCAGGAGUCAGGCCUGGCUGGACAUCGAGAGCGGACGGGAACGGGUGCACUGGUUGCCAUGGAGACCGGACACAAAGGCCGGAGAGACGGAGGAGGACUGUGAGGACCCUGACAGGCUGGUUCUGUUUGACGACGUGUCCGACUGCCUGUUCCAGCUCGGCUCCCAGGGGAGCAGGCUGCAGCUGGUGUUCCACUUCCUGCAGUUCCUGGGAGUUAGGACUGUACCAUUACAUUCUUCACAUAGCUUCCACACGCACAGACAUUUCAAGACUGCCUUAGAGGAGAAGCAAGGUCUGUUCUCUACCAGGGCUGCCCAUCACAGCCUUGGCUGGAUGCCUGCUUGCAGUGGUGCUGCCAGCAUGAACAGCUGGGCAGAAAGUGGGGAACCCAAGCAGAGAGAAACCAAACUCCUGCAGAAGUUUGUGCAGAAUGUGUUCAGCCAGGUGCUGCAGGUGUUCUCAGGUGCAGAACAGCUGCAGCUGGUCCUGGCCUGGCUGCAGCAUGAAGCCUCAGCUGUCCUGACUCUGCAGACUUCGAAGGACAAAAAACAGCUGAAACGUCAGAGCAAGACCGUCCGGAGGCUUGCCAAACGUCUGCUGAAAGAGGACCAGAACAGAAACAACCUGGCAUUGUGGGGGGCUUACGCACAGCUGGAAUGGUUGCUAGGCAACAAGGAGGAGGCUUGCAAGGUGUUUGACACUGCUCUGAGCUCAGUGGGUCAAGGGUCAGCUGAGGACAGGCAGGCAGUGUAUGAGCUGUACAGGACGUACGCAGAGCUCGAACUUGACCUGACAGGAGGAGAUUCAACUGUCCUUAUGAAGCCAUCAGAAGCCGUGUCAGACAGGGAGACGUCGCACAAAGCUCUUCACCUCCUGUGCACACUGGGUGAGAAGGGGAAGUUCACCCCACUGUCAGACCAAGUGGUAUCACCCACUCGAGUCCUGAAGGCCAGAAGGAACUAUCAGCAGACUCUGGAGGAAGAACUUUCUGGCUAUGAGACAGCAGGGUGCGAGGGGGCAGACACCAAACCUCCCCCACCAUGUCCGAGUGGAAGCUUCCUGGUGCACUUGACUGUGUGUUAUGGACUGUUCCAGUACCUGACAAUAGGGGUGCAGGCAUCUGCAGAAGUGUUUGAUGCUGUAUUAUCAACACUUACAAGGUUGUGUCAAGCGUACAGCAAAGAGGAAGAUCUAUUUGACCAGCAUAGGUGUAGGACUUUUAUGGAUUUGGAAUUAUUGACCUCUGCUUACCUCAAGCUGCAGCAGUGCCAUCUAUCAUGCAGUACCGGAUCCCUACAGACUGUCAGAACUGCACUGCAGGGGGCGCUGCUUAUCUUUCCUGAUAACCCGGAGUUUCUCAAAAUGUUCAUCGAACUAGAGUCUAGGUCCCACAUCGCCGGCCGGCUGCGUCGGUACUUUGACCGAGCAGUGCAGGAAGCUGCCACGCCCGUCCCCUUCCUGUUCGCCAUCCAGGCAGAGAUGAGGAGGCUGGAGAUGAUCUCCUGUCAGUCUUCUGUUGUCAUGGCAACCAACUGGGAUGAUGCUAUCAAGAAAGCAGAUGGUUCCCUGUUGGCCCACAUCCCCCAGACAGGCGUGACCCAUCGCAUCAGGUCCCUGUUGGAGCGGGGCUGCACCUCCCCUGCCGCCCGGGGCUGUGUUCUCAUGUGGAGGUGGUUCAUGGCGUUUGAGAUGCAGCAGGGAAACCCUGCCCAGGCCAAGGCUGUGUUCUACAGAGCCCUGCAGAACUGUCCAUGGGCAAAGUUGCUGUACAUGGAUGCAGUGCAGUGGUUCCCUAAUGACCUUCAGGACGUCCUUGACAUCAUGGUGGAGAAGGAGAUCCGAGUCAGGGCUCCGCUGGAGGAGGUGGAGCUGCUGAUGGAGGGGGAGGGGCCACUUGGGCAGGGGGAGGGGACAAUUGGGGAGGGGCCACUCAGAGUGGAGGAGGGAUCACUACGGGAAAGGGAGCAACCACUCAGAGUGGGGGAGGGCCCACUACAGAAGAGGGAGUAGCCACUCAGGGAGGGGAUCAUUCAGGGAGGGGGAGUGGUCAUUCAGGGACGUAGAAGGGCCAGAUGGAUGACCUGUGAUGGUAGGAGACAGGAUCUUACAGAUCUCAUAUAUCUGCAUAAUUCUCUGUACAUAGAACUAUGUCCACUUUGGUCAAUGAUGAAUUGUUUGAAUGUCCAAAAUGUCCAGAACAUUCCUGUCAUUUCUUCCCCACCUCCAUCUCAAUGCCGUUUCCUAAUGGCAAGUGCAGUUGUAGUAGAUAAGGAGAGGUAACAGAGGAUGUGUCUAUUAAUAAACUUGCAGAAGACUGUAAUGUUACAUCAGUGUUUAUUUCACACAUGCUGUGUCACACAGUUUGCAGCAUGAAAACAACAUCUGCAUACAACAAUAUUACUACAUGUCCACAUUUAUGUUUUUAAUCUUUCUCUUUUUUGUUUUACAAGAGAGACUUGUUUUGAGAGAUUUGCUAUCCAACAUUCUACUGGUAGCCUGCUGAGCCAAAUUGUCAGUUUUAUCACUAAGUACACUUUUGUAAUGUCUCUGGGUGAAUCUUUCGAUGCACACAGUGAGUCUAACCAUUCAUAUUAGAUAUGUAUCAGCCGUAAGUCAGUACAUUCUGCCAAACAGGCUUACAACACACCCAGAUGGGGAUUCUGAUUAAACACUAAUUAGUAGCAGCAUGUUGUGCAGACACUUAAACCUAUAACAAGCUAAAACAACCCUCUCAGAUCUGUUUUCUCAGCCUAGAGUCUCUUUAUAGUACAGUGUACAAACGUUGAAGUCUGAAUGUCACACCCACAAUGCUGAACAACUGUUUCUACAGACAGUCAGUGGAUUUAUGAUCAUAAGAUUUGGAAUUGAAUCAUCAAGCAGACCAUGGUGGUACUUUUUUGUACUAAGCAUGGACUGACUGAUAUUUUCACUUCUUUGAAAUAAGGAUAUCAUAUCUACAACAUAAAAUCUGUACAAGUUUUAACACCACGAUUUGCAUCACUAAAUGCUAAUGAUGGACAGAAUGUUGUGGUCCAUAAAAUAAAUUAGAUUUCCACAAGCUCUUAAACUUGCUGUAACACUCUUCAAACACAUAAUGCUAAGCAAAUAUGUUCUGAUAAAUAGUUUAUCUGUUAACAACUUUCAUGCACAUGAUCCUAUAGUUGUUUUUCUUGAUGUUUCAACUACACUGUACAAUUUUUGUUCUCUACAACUUUGCAUUGGCCAUAAAUACUUGGGGACAGUGAAAAGGCUUUUCGUGUAGCAGAUUAUAAGGCAACUCCAAAAUAUUCCUUUGCUCACUAGUUUUCUCAGGGUGAUAUAUGUUGGCAAGGUUGCAUAUGUGAGUCGGG